AUGCUUACUUUGGCUGUUCCAAGUUUCAUGGAACACAGUCCAGAAGUUUUGUUUAAGAUAUUCGAGAUCGAACUAGAAAAUAAGGGCAUAACGGCGGACCGUCCAAGGUACAAUCAGCUCGUCCCACGCCUUCCUCCGUCGGUAGUGACGUUGAUUGAGGACAUUCUACUCUGCACAUCGAAUGAGGCAAAGUAUGAAACGAUGAAGCAAGCGAUUUUGAAAGAGUUACGACCCAGCGCACGAACACGAUUUGAGCAGCUCAAUGGUCUCAAGCUUGGAGAUCGCAAGCCGUCGACAUUGCUCCGCGAACUUCAGCGCAUCGCUGGUCCCUUAUUCUUGAGCGAAGAAGGGAUAAAGGAGCUGUGGUUUGCACGUCUCCCAGAGCCAUUGCCGGUAAUGCUGUCCAUGUUUAUAGAUGCACCCUUGAAAGACUUAGCUACCAAGGCAGACGCUGCGUUCGAACGUUUUCCGCAGCAGACGACCAGUAACUCCGGUGACAUAUUCUCACCGAUGAAAACCGAAUCACAUGUUUGUUCCCAGUCGCUAGACCGAUCUGACUCUAAAGACGAGGAAAUUGCGCUACUUCGCAGCAGGAUAGCAGCAAUGAAGGCUUCGAAGCAGCGGGUGCCACGGUCAAAUGCUGACCACGUUUUGGCUACCGUUCAUUGCGGCUCGUCUGUGCCUGCACCGAGUACGUCACGUUCGGCACGAAAGCGCAACAUUUUCCUUACAAGUUCUCAGUCAGAUAAUGUCAAACCCGUCGAAGAAGUAUGUUGGUAUCACCGCCAAUACGGUGGAAGAGCUAGACGUUGUCGGGCUCCCUGCAUUAGGCACGACCCAGGGAAAACGAAUAGCCCGCAUACUAGCACUACAAACGUAUCAUUCAAUAACCAAGCAAACCGACUGUUUUACGUUAAGGAUCGACGUUCUUCCAUCACGUUCCUCAUCGACACAGGAGCGGAAGUCAGCGUCAUCCCAGCGACCGCUAGCGACAAGCACUCGAAGCCUACGUACAAUUUGCGUGCGGCCAACGGUUCUCCGAUAGCUUCAUUCGGUCAGCGCAUGAUGAACCUAGACCUCAAUCUUCGCCGAGAUUUUCAGUGGGUCUUCAUGGUUGCGUCUGUACCCUUCGCAAUUAUCGGUAUCGACUUCCUCCGACAUUUUGGGUUGCUUGUUGAUGCUGGUCGCCACAGACUUUUAGACGACCGUACGAAACUAGGUGUUGAUGGUGUCCUUUCAGAUGCCCCGAUAAUCAGCCCUGUAUUUCGGAUCGCAGACGCACCGUCCGACUACUUGAGCCUCCUCUCCGAAUACCCGCGACUGGUUCGACCGGCUGCAGAGCUUCCACCAGUCACGACAGAGGUCGCUCACCACAUAGUUACGCGCGGUCAACCAGUUAGCGCACGACCAAGACGGCUUGCUCCAGACAAACUACGGGCAGCACGAGCCGAAUUUGACCACAUGCUUCAACUUGGUAUCGUCAGACCGUCCAACAGCCCAUGGGCGUCGCCUCUGCACAUGGUCCCGAAGAAGGUUGUGGGGGACUGGCGUCCUUGCGGCGACUAUCGAUCCUUGAAUACGGUAACCACGCCUGAUCGCUAUCCGAUCCCACACAUAGUGGAUCUCACCGCCAGUCUGGCGGGUAAAAAUAUCUUCAGCAAAAUCGACUUGGUACGCGCAUACAACCAAAUUCCGGUAGCCGAGGCGGACAUCGCUAAAACUGCCGUGACGACUCCAUUUGGUUUGUUCGAGUUUCUGCGCAUGCCAUUUGGCCUAAAGAACGCCGCGCAAACUUUUCAGCGUUUCAUCGACCAAGUUUGUCGCGGUUUAGACUUCGCUUACGCGUAUCUUGACGACAUUUUAAUCGCAAGCUCUUCACGAGAAGAGCACAUACGCCACGCGUCGUGCCACUGCAGGAUAAAAUUCAAGCCAUUAUCGACUACCCCGAGCCUCAUUCUUUCAAACAGCUCAGGCGUUUUGAUGGCCUUGGUCAACUUUUACCGACGAUUUAUACCCAACUGCGCCUCGCUGAUGCAACCCCUCACGGACCUUCUCCGAGGGAAACUCAAGAAAUUCGAAUUUCCUGCCGCAGCACGCGCUGCUUUUAAGUCGCUGAAAGAGGCUAUCGCCAACAUAGCUUCUAUAGCGCACCACGAUCCGGCCGCCCCACUGUCCCUCAGUACUGACGCCUCGGACGUGGCAGUCGGCGCUGUUUUGCAGCAACGCGUAGCCGACACGUGGCAACCCUUAGCCUUUUUCUCCAAACGCCUACAACCUACCGAAUCUCGCUACAGCACGUUCGGUAGGGAACUACUAGCCGUAUAUCUAGCGAUACGUCACUUUCGACACGUCCUAGAAGGCCGCUCCUUUGUCGUCUUCACCGACCACAAACCCCUGACUUACGUGCUCGGCUCGACUACCGACCGAUACUCUCCUAGAGAGUCGCGCCACCUUGACUAUAUCGCUCAGUUUACGACCGAUAUACGGCAUGUCUCAGGUGUGCACAACGCCGUCGCCGAUGCACUUUCCCGCAUUCAAGCUAUUUCCGCUGACGCCGGCACUGCUAUCGACUUGGCAGCCAUGGCCACAGCACAACUCAACGAUCCUGAGGUUGAUCUACUACGCAGGUCUCCCUCAUUGGAUAUACGACCCGUUCCGCUGACAUCAUCAGACGGAACGAUACUCUGCGAUUUAUCUCUGGGCACGCCGCGCCCAGUCGUCCCACGUGAGUUUCGGCAGACCGUGUUCGACGCGUUGCACGGCUUGUCUCAUCCAGGCGUUCGUGCAUCGGUUAAACUCGUAACCGCACGAUUCGUUUGGCGCAAUGUUAAUCGGGACGUCCGUACUUGGGCAGCUGCUUGCCUUCCGUGUCAACGCGCGAAGGUGCACAAGCACACGAGAAGCCCAUUAGGCACGUUUCCGACGCCAGACGCACGUUUUCAUCACGUGCACGUCGACCUCGUAGGUCCUCUGCCGCCUUCCAAAGGCUCGGUAUAUCUACUGACCUGCAUCGAUCGAUUUACUAGAUGGCCUGAGGCCGUCCCCAUCCCAAAUUGCUCCUCGGAAACGGUAGCGAAAGCUUUUAUGGAGCGCUGGGUAGCUCAAUACGGCUGUCCCGCCAUCGUGACCACCGAUCGAGGGUCACAUUUCUCGUCGACAUUUGCCACGUUGCUUAAGGAUUUAGGCUGUCGCCACGUCCAGACGACGGCGUAUCAUCCGGCCGCUAACGGCAUGGUGGAGCGUUUUCACCGCCAGUUGAAGGCAGCGCUACGUGCGCACGCAGAUCCUUCAUGGUCUGAAACGCUUCCCCUCGUUCUUCUAGGCUUAAGAAACACGGUUAAAACCGAUUUCGACGCCACACCAGCGCAGCUAGUCUACGGUUGCACGCUGCGGUUGCCCGGACAACUGGUAGCACCAGCCCCAUGUACUUCCACUUUUGACUACGGAAGUUACACUGACCGAUUGGCUCAUCAGAUGCGUGAGCUACGUCCACCCGCUCCUCGAUCGCAGAAGACACCAGUGUACGUGCCCGAAAAGCUGUCUACGUGUUCACACGUCCUUCUUCGCGCAGACGGUGUUCGACAGCCUCUUCAGUCGCCGUACAUAGGACCCUUCAAGGUGCUGCAUCGUGCGAGUAAGGCGUACACUAUUGACCGCGGUGGUCGACACGAAGUCGUCACCAUCGACCGUCUAAAACCCGCCUUUAUGGAAGAAGCCACCUCGCCUACUUCGUCUAGUAGUGCUUCGUGCGACGUUACAACUCAUCGCACCAACUUACCUCAUCCUAGUCCAGUUCAACCAGACCACGAUCUCGGUCUACAAGCCGUCCCAACCUCUCCCGAAUCUAGCCCGCCGCCUCCCACGACCAAUCGCCGUGGUCGGGAGGUGCGUAAGCCCGUCCGUUUCUCCGACUAUGUACAGUGUAAAUAUUUUUAG